CGUUAGCCGAGUUCGUUCAGCGAUCAGUUGUUCGCCGCGCGCGCGCCGAGCUGUCACGUCAUUAACGUUUCGUCGUCGCUCAGCGCUCCCUCCAGUUCCGCGUGUUAACGCGCGUGCAGACUUCUGCCGGCGGUGGGCUGCCGCGAGGGGAAAUCGAUCACCACCCCUUCGAGGCUCACCACGAGGUACCACCACCACCACCACCACUACCACCACCAGUGAUAACGCUCGCCGCGAGGUGAGACAGUCAUUUCCGCCGGAGCGUCGACGUGAAGACGCCACAAGUGUGAUAAACGACAAGAGUCUCGUAAAAGUUUGUUUGCCGUCGAUUGAUAAUCGAGAAAUUCAAUUUCCAAGAGAAAUCGCGAUUCAUUGACCGGGUGCGAGUGACAUUUGUCUAGAAAUAUACAUCGUUGAUCGAGCAGCAAGAAUUCGGUCCGACUCGAUCAUGCCACGUGCACGCUGGUAGUUCGAGAAGUGACACAGUGACGAAUAGCGUUAACAUUCGCGUUUGCCGAUCUCUGAGCGAUCAGCUCCACUCGGUUCGCCGAGUGCUCACCGAAAGUCACCGCGCGCGACGACGUGAGAGGCCGGAGCAGCGUGUCGCGCUUUCGAGUCGAAAGUCGCGUACGAGAAACUCUCUCACGACACAACACGACACUUAUCAGCGCGUCGUGAUAAAGCGGUGAGCUACGAAGAGGAGCGACGGAAAGUCUCGCAGGGACGAGGCGAAUCGACGCGUCUCUCGCGAGAGCCGUAAACAGGUGACACAAUUAAGUUUGGUCGGCCCGGCCGAUUGGUCGGAGAUCGGCGCGCGCGUUUCUCUUCUUUCGCGCUUCUCUUCUUCUUCUGCCUCGUCACGUGCGCGCGAGAGAAGCGCGGAGAAGCGUGCGGGACGAUGGCCGAGCGGAGCAACAGCCGCCGCAACCGAAUCAUCGUCGUCGAUCCCAUCAAGCGCUCGGAAAUGAUCGCCGAUCGUCGACGAAGUUGAGGGCCUUGUUUGCCACGCGAGAGUCGGCGGGCUUGUCAACGAAUGGCUCGCAAACAUCGCGCGACGAGUGCUGCUCUCGGCGAUAAUAGCUCGCGAAUCGGAGCACACGUCCUUCCUGACACGCCGGGGACGCGCGGGGUCACGCGGCUCCCCCGUCGAUCGAAUUAUUAAAAGAAAGAAGGAAAAGAAAAAUACCGAGCGACGCCGAUCGACAAGGAGGACGGACGGCCGAGUGUGUGGCUGCGAGUGGACGAUAACGAGGCGGCGCGCAGAAGGAGCGUCGUCAGUGGAAAGGAGGUCUCGACCGGCGCCUCUUCAUCGUCUCUCUCUCUCUCUCUCUCUCUCUCUCUCUCUCUCUUUGUCUUUGCUCUCGCUACGACGGGCACAGUUUGUUAGCCAAUAAGACAAUUAGUAACGAUCGGCAGCUACUUCCUCGACCGGACUCCGGUUUGGCUCUCUCUCGUUCUCGAGUCGAAAAAACGAAAAGGAGCUAGCCUAUAUAGCUCCCCAAAAGCGGCUCUCCAACGUGUUGGCGAAAACCUCCGCGGGUUACAGAGCGUCGUCGAAGAAAAAACAGGAUCGGGGAUACAGUGAUUUUCCAUCGAUCGGGUUAUGUGCGAGUACGACGUCGAUAUGACCGGCGACGCGAAUUGACGUUACGAAAGUGAGAGGUAGCGAAAAUGAUGCCGCCACCGCAGGUCGUGGGUGUGGUGCGGAAGCAACCGGGACAGCAGACUAACCCACGAAUAUCUCCCCUGGAUCCGCAGGAGACCAAAAUUAAAGGCGAGCUAUACGUGGAAGAUCUGGGCGAGAGAAGAACAGUUUCCAUCAGGAUGGGCUGGCUAUGGGUCGAGGGUACGCCGAUGAGAUUAGCGUUGCGAGCGUUGAAUCUUCUUCCAGCACCACCCAGCCCUUGUCAACCGUUUGCUCUAGGUUUUACCUUGAGUGAUUCACAGAGUCGUUCGCUCGCAACCUUUUGGGCUGACACGGAGCCGAUCUAUUGGUCCUGGACCAAAGCGAUCGCGGCCGAACUAGUCCGGCAAACGCCGUUUCGCUCGCAACGAUGCUAUAACUUCAUGGAGAUAUUCACCAUUUGUCCGAAAGGUCUGGACAGCCCGGCAACGAGGAGACGAUCUCGCAGUGAAUUUCGUUGCUGGCCGAGCGACUCGCCGACGGAGAAGACGGCGAUAUGUACGACGACGAUCCUCGACGAUUCCAGGAGGAGAGCGAGGAGCGAGUUGCGCGGUUGGUCUAGUAGCAAUUCGAGCGACGAGGAUCUCCUGGGAGAAUUUCGAAGCAUACCCACUGUGAUAAGCAACAAGGAUCAACCGGUCAGCAGAGCGUGGGGUUGCAGCGAGAGCAGCGAGGGUAGUGACGACAGUCUCCCUUGGGGUGGCGUAUGUCGGUCGAGCGUUGAUACAGUGGACUCCCGCAGCGUCCCCUUACCAGAACCAGAAACAAGGGAACAGAGGAUACAGAGGUACAAAGAGGCACGCAGACGCGAAAACGAAGCGAGAAGUCGACGAAUCCUCGAGGAGGAUGCGAGGCGAAGAGCGAGAGCUGAGGAGAACAACAACAACUUGCCGAAGAUCUAUGGUAGAACCAGGAGCAGGAUUUGUUCCGCCAAUGACAACGACGACGCUCGUCCGACCCGCUCGCCUAAAAAGGAACUUGUCUCGUCAACUGACACGCGAAGGCAAAACGAGAAUUCGAUCAUCGAUCGACUACCACCCCUCAGGCCGAACGAGUCCUCCACGGUGAGGUUUAUCACCGACGAAAAUGAUCGUAACGAGGACGACAAACGAAACAAUAAUAAUAGUUCAAGAAGUGAAAACAGCAGUCCUGGGAUACUCAAGACAGACAUCAAUGAGAGAAGAAGUAGAGCCAGAGAAAGGAGAAUCUUUCGUGACAAGGGGCAAUUGACCGGUAUCACCAUUGCUAACGUGGAAACUCUUCGAGAGCGAAAAGAGCGUUUGGCUCUCCUGUCUUCCAGAAUUCCCGUUCCCCGCCAAUUGUUGCAACCCUGUUUAAGAUCUACAGACUGCCCGGCGAUUGCAUUUCCAGUUUCUCCGCCAGUUUUAACGAUGCCACCUUGCGAGGAGGAUGUUGCCAAGCUUCUGGAGCGAUGUCAGAGGGUGGAUCAUUACGUGCCGGUGCGGGAGAAGCUGACUUUGUUCGAAUCCCUUUCGAGAUUAGGCGGUCGCCUGGCCAGGAGUACGGAAGAUCUUGGCCGAACGUCAUCCAAUCCCAGUCCCAGGGGCAAACAACGCGCCCGAUCCCUUCACGAUCUCAACCGAGGCGCUAGAGCUCUGCCCGUGAGAGAAAUGUGUCGAUUUUUCGAGGGCGAGCUAGAGCAGGACGCUUGCCAGAAGACGACGACGACUUUUGCGAAAACGAGAUUUAGCGAUCCACCCGCGAAGAACACGUGGAGAGAUCCGAGUUUAAAACACGAGGCACCGUGCAUCAGCGCUUCCGCCAGAAAGAAACACUAUUUGAAGUGAACUAAUGAAUUCUCUCAGGACGUUUAAGAAGCUAAGAAUAAACAUUCUCGAGUUCACGAUCGUCUCAUCGAAAAUGAAGUAGCGGACUCAAAGUAACGGAGUAAUUGCACUUCAUUAUUCUUAUAUCUUCCUCUCAGCGCAUAAAUUUUCAUAAAUCAUACAAGUGUUUGGAACUAGCAUAAAGCUAAAAAAUAUUUUCCAAUCGGAUAAACUGCGAUAGUUUUUUUUCUAAAAAUCUGUUACACAGGUCUGCAAAAUUUAAUCUUUUUUCUCGUUUUGAGAAAGAAGAAUAGUUUCCCAUAGUUUCUUAAUGUAUCCAAAUUCACAAGAAGAAAAACCCUAUCGCUUAAAAUUUAUGAGAAAAAUUUGUUUGAAACGCGUUUGUGACUUUUUUUGAAAAUUUGUAGCUAACAAACUCAAUGCGAGAAAUUUUGAAAAAUAUUUCAAAUUAAUGCUUGAACAUACAUAUUAUAAUUUAAUAUGAAAAGAAUUGAAUCUUUUACCGUCCAUACCACAUUAAACUUCUGGCGCGAUUUUUUUUUAAGGACAAGUGCAGUCACACAGUAUCAGGUAGAAUGAUGGUUUCUAUACAUAUAUACAGUUUCACAAGAAACCACUACAAAUAAAAAUUAGGCAGAUUUGUUAAUACAAAUUAUCACGCCUGACUGAUUUUGUUUCUAUCGCGUGAUUGAUAGAUCGAUUGUAAAUCUAUCUAGUAAUACAAAACUAGGAUGCUUUAUUAUUUAAAUUACAAGUGUUUUCCUAAUUUUGUAUGUAAUUUUGUAUGAUGAAUAUGAAUCUGGCUGCAGAAAUUAUUUAUCACAUCAGGUUUUGAGAUAAAUGAUGUAAAAUGGUCCAAAAAUAACAAUUUUGGAGAUUUAUAAACAUAUUACAAAGCCACUUUUCAAUAUUUAAACCGAUAUAGUACUAUUCUUUCUUUUCAAAAUCAACUUUUGCCAAUGUGUGAUUUUUUUUGGUCGAAAUAUAUCAUUUAGAAAUUAUACAUAUAUAUAUACAUAUAUAUACAUAUACAUAUACAUAUACAUAUAUAUAUAUAUAUAUAUAUAUAUAUAUAUAUAUAUAUAUAAUAUAUAUAUAUACGCAAAAAAAUAAUUUGGCAUAACAAACUUUAUGUUACUGUAGCAAAAUCUAUUAUUAGAUGGACAGUAAAGAUAUUGAUUAAAGAUACUAGUUGAUAUUUUGAUUAGCUAAAAUUAGUGAUUAGCUAAAAUUGAUAUAAAUUUGUUAAAACUACAAAUUUUGCUGUAAAAACAAAUUGAAUUGAAUUACAAAUUUAAACUUGUAUAAGCCCAUUGGUAAUAUUUUUGCUUUAAUAACAAAGGUAUUUGCUAAAAAUAUAUUAUUUUGUGAUAGCAAAGUAAUCCAAUUAUAAAGACAAAUGUACUCGGCAAAUUUUUUUCUGUUUUAGGAACAAAACGGAUUAUAUUUUAUUCAGAAAUAAUUUCUAAAAUUAGUUCUGUCAAAUAAAUGUUGUCGCUGCCAGUACAAAUAUACAAUAGCAAAGGCAAUUUUAUUACAAUUUCAAUAUUAUAUUUCUCUAUGUGCAUAUAUAUUCUACAUAUACUUCCGUGCUUUCAAAAAUUCAUAACUUUUAACUGCUAUAUCUCGGCGAAAAAAAUUCGCACAUUGGCAAACAAAAAUUCAUUUAUAGGAGAAAGAAUCAUAUUAUAUGAGGCCAUCGGUUAUGGAAAUAAUUUGCUUUCUCUGUAAUAUUUUUAUAAUCAUUUUUAGGUUUUUUUAUUCCAUUUAUCUCAAAAACGUGAUGUGAUUACAACUCAUGAGACUGGAGUCAUACUCAGCACAUCAAAUUACGUAAAAAAGAACCACUUGCAAUUCUUAACAUCUUUAAUUUUGAGGGCCUGUGUAAUUAUAUAUAACCAGUAUCGCCGAAGUUCGCAAAAGUCUCUCGAUGACAAUCGGUUUCUCGAUGAUUCUCACUAGAUUCCCGGAUAUAUGAAGCUAAUUUGAUUUAACCGCGCUUAUCAAAUGCUUAGAUUAGAAGUCUGUUGUAUUGCGGGCGACGAUUGUCACACUUGCAUCAAGAGAAAGUCGCCGCGCGCGAGGGCUUUUUUUCACGCUCGAGGCCCCAAACUGUGCUCGAUUCUCUCGAUUGCUGGUUGUCGCGAUCGGCCAUCAGAGUGAAGGAAAAAAAAGAUUCUCGAUACUCAGUUAUGUGCGCGUGUUACGAAAGUGAAAAUAGAGAGAAUAUCGGUAAAGCCAAUCAUCGUAGAAAUUUCUCACUUUAGAAUAAGUUUUCACCUUUAUUCGUUACAAAUAUCGUUUCGAAUUAUAGACAAUCUGCUUUUGUUUGUAUUAAAAAAAAAUUAUAUAUAUUUAUAGAAUCGGCAUAUAACGCGUCGAUUGUGCGUAUCAGCGAGAUCAAGCAUGACCGAUCGUGACACGAAGGCAAUGACGGAAAAAGAAAGAGAGAAAUAGAGAAAGAGAGCGGAAGGGAGAGGGGGAAUCGGAGAAACCGGUAAUUUACGUUCACCGAGCGAUUGCCGCAACGUUGAACACCUGUAUGUAUACAAAUUAUACGUACAGUGAGCCGAUCGCCGAGCUCAUUUUUCGAUUAGCCUGAAUUCGAUCGUCUGGAUUUUAAUCGGGCAGCAGCUCAUUCGUUGAAUAUCCAAAGAAAUGAAUGGUAAAUAUCGUAAAUGUUUACGGCGUUUCCCCAAUUACAAUAAUUGCAAGUGAAAUUUGUACAUAAUCGAUUAAUUUCAUUCUGUACCUGAAAUCGUUGGUUCUAUGUCUUUUUCGUCUUAGGCUAUAGUUUAACUUUUGUUACACGUCCUCUUUUGUUGCAAUUGUAAAUAAAUGUCUAAUAAUCAAUUUAUAUGAUUUGUAUGUAUAUACAUAUAUAUAUAUUUAUGUAUAAUAUGUAAUUUGUUGAGUGUGUUGAUGUGUAAUAUGCCAUUAGGGCAGCGAUCGCCCUUCGUUGAGUCUCUUGAAUUUCCGUCGAGAGCCAGAAUAUGGACUAGAGUCGACUUCCGCUUAUUUAGAAUCGAAACGAUUAUUUCCGCUCAUACAAUACUCCCCUUCACUCUCUCGUUCCUUUUCGUAAUUGAUAACAUACAACGUGUAGGAAUAAAAAUGUAUUCUAAUUACAUAUAAAAUCAGUAAAAAAAAAAUUAUUAUUUUGAAAGAAGAUAUAAGAUAUGAAAAAAGCAAAAAAAAUUGUUUGACAGAAGAAACUUCUUCAAAGAGAACUUUUUGUUUGUCCAAUUUUUAAAUAAUAAAGAAAUUACAAUGCUCCCUGAUUUGAUAAAAGAUGAUUAUACAUUUACAUUUCGAUAUUUUACAUAGACUCGCCGAAAUUAAUUAUUUCGUAAAAAAUUUACUGUAGCCAACAUUUGGAAAAUAAUUUUGUGCAGUCAAACUUCCAUCGAGACGUUUUGUACUCGAAAAGGAUUGCCACUUAUUUUUGUAUCUUGUUUGUUGCAUAUAUAGUUGCAUACAUGGACUGCGAGUUUCUUGCGUUAUAUGUAUAGAAUUGUAAACGUAAUGUUAUGGAAUAAGGAAGAUUAUAGUGUAAAAAUAUUGCGGAAAAUAAUCAGGGAAAAUAAUCUUGAGACAGAGCGAUCGAAAGUUAACGAUAUUUCUUCAUUAAUUACUCGCGCAUAUGGAUUGUUCUCAUUGAAAGUGUUCUGGAAUUCUACGUGAUGUUUAUAUUGUGAUUGAAAACUCUCUCUUGAAUUUGUCAUUCUUAACUAAAUUUUACCAAAUACUGAUAAAAAAUAUUGACGAUUUAUAGUAAACCUAGUUAUAUCGCUAUUACAUAUUAACUUACAGCUACUAAAAUUGUUACAUAUUAAUAUAUGUAACAUAUGAAUCAUGAAAUUUUUGCGACUAAUAUUUAAACAUUUUUGUCAUAUUUCUGAUAGAAUUCCAGGAUACUAUCAAAACCAGAUCACGAAGUUGCUUGCAGUCGACGACCGUCUACAGGGUGAUUCAAAUGACUCCGUUGUCGUGUAUUUUGUAGUAGAUUCAAUCAAACGGUGUCAUUUAUCAGUGCCACUCGGUAUGAAGGGUUGGUCGCCAAAGAGGUCUUCUAGUCCCUCGUCGGAUAAUUCCGAAAGGUUAUCCCCCAUAUGUAUAAUUCCUCGAUAUAUUCUGACUUUUUUAUUAGCCCACGAAUAUUUGUCACACGGUACGGAAUCGCGUACCGUCCGCGGCGCAAUUACGCGGCGAAAGUUGCGCGUCUUUGUAUUUACCUUUGUUGUAAUAAAAAGGGACGAAUAAUGGCCGUUACAUAAAA